AUGGUGCUUGAGUUUUGCCGUCACUCCCUCUACAAGGGCACUUGGACGCAUCUUUUACCCCCAGGGCAUGCAUGGCUUCGGGAACAUGACCAGCUUUUGCCUUCUGAAGAGCUCCCGGGGGAAGGCCACUUCGAGCCUAAUCUGUUGGCCAGUCUCCUUGCCACUCGGCUGCCUUAUGUUGAGCGAUGGCGAAGGAAGUAUCAUGGGCCCGAACAUAUCAACUGCAAAGAAGUCCGAGCUUACCUUCAGGACGAAUCCUAUGCUGCUCGAUCAGGCGAGCGCAUUCGGCUUUUGACGGGCCUCGACUCUCAGGUCGCGCUCGGAGCAUUGAUCAAAGGGAGAUCAUCGUCAGGUGCCUUGAACGACAUGUUGGAGGCAUCUCUCGGCCCGUACCUCGGAUGUGGGCUGUACCCCCACUUCAUGUAUUACCUCAGCGAGCUAAACCCUAGCGACGGUCCUACUCGAGGACGUGACCCACCUUUACCUCUCGGGCCUCUCCCUGACUGGUGGUCGCAGCUCGCUGAUGGCUUGACUGAGCCUUUCGAUGCUUGGAUGCUUAAGGUCGGUGCAGCUCGUCCCGGGUUUUCCUUUGAUCAUUUGGACCGCGACGGUGGCCUGGGCGCUGCGUCUCCCGAGCCUCUUCAUGCCGAAGUUUUUCGGGUCAGAGCUACCCCGCUGGCUCCCGAGCAUGAUGGAGGCUCUUGCUGCCUUAGGCUUGGCGGCUUCUCUUUCCCUCUUCGGCAGUUUAAGUUCGGUGGCUUGGCCCCUGACCUCGGCGAGCCGGGCUACCUUGACCUCUUCGCUGGCGCUGGAGGAGUUGGCAGUGCGCUGGUGAAGCUUGGCGCUCCUUGGGUCCUCUCUUUUGACCUGAGGUGGAGCCCUGACCAAGACCUCCUGGACCCAGCUGUGCAAGCUCGGAUUGAGACCUUGAUUUCAUCUGGAUGUUUUCGGGCGAUUGGCAUGGCUCCUCCUUGCAGCUCCUUCUCAAGCGCUGUGACGCCGGCGGUCCGUUGGCUGGUGGCUGGAACAGCCGGAUACGUCUUGGAUGUGGCGGCUGCCUGGCUUCAAGCGGUUUCGGCCUCCUUCGUCUACGUCGACGUGGCGGGUGGACUUCUGCUACUUUGGGACCCCUUGGCGCAAGCGGACUAA